CGGACACCCGUGAGGGGCCCACCCAACCGACCCGGGAGGCCAUCGGCCGCCUCCAAGGCCGCCGCCAAGACAUUGCUGGCAACACAUCCGCCGCCGCAGACCACCAUCGAGACCAUCGACGCCCGCAACAGACAGUUGAUCGUCGAGUCGAUACUCAAUUGUAUCCAAUAUUUCGACCAACACUUCAAAUACAACUAUAAAUUUGUGGUUUUAAAAACGGACGACAAGUUAACCAAAAUCCAGAAAUGGCUUCAAAACUAUUACGCCAAAGAGUUUUUAGAUGACAUCGACUUCAGUGUUAUCGUCAAAGAAGCCGUCAAACAAGAGUUGAAUACAAUUAGUGAUAAUAGUAUUGUGGAUGAAAUUGUGAAUAAGAUUACGUCUAAUGAUAAUAAUACAGACAUUACGGAAAUCAGUGACAAUCGUAACGAUACUAAUGGAGAUAAUAUGCAGCAAAUGCUGUCCGAAACGGAUGCACAUCCCGCACAAGACAUGCCAUCACUUGAACCCAUCAUCGAUUCAAACGCAUCAUUAGAAACACCGCCCGAAAGCCAACCCCCAGACGACCCCGACCUGACCCCUAGUGAACCCCUCGACACGAGUGAUCCCAACCCCACGGCCACCGCCGCCGCCGACUAUGCAAUCAAAUCAAAUGCAAUGGAAAUUGUGAUCGUGUUAUACAAAGUCCGCAAUUUGUUCCCAAAACUCUUGGAUUAUCUGGACUUCGCGUGGAUCUACUUGUCUGAGUUCGAGUCGCGUCUGGAGUCGGAAAUCCGGGUCCAGAAUCUGAUCGAACUCUUGCAGAGCGAGUUCACGAGCCAGAGGUCUGCGAACAGAUCCCGGGCCGAGGUGUUGACCAAUGAGAUCAUCCAAUUGAACGCAAUGAUCGACAAUCUGGACAAACAGUACCAGGAGGAGACCAAAGAACUCAUUUACCUGCAAACCGCCGCAAUCAUCGGCCACAACAACACCAGUGCUAACUGUCGCCAGUUGUCUAAGAUUAUGAACAUUAAGACAGGAGGUGCGGGCCGGGAGGCCAAACUGUACUCGUGCCCCGAAUGCGGCAAAAACUUCAAGAAUGGCUAUAAACUCAAUCGACACCGUUAUGUGCAUAAAGACCCGUCCGAGAAGCCAUACAUGUGCGACUGUCCCGGCCCUACACCGAUAGCAAGAGUUGAAAGUUCAGCCGCAGCUCCAACUCCACAAAACACAGUGUUUGCACUCGACUCCGGUCCGCAGCACUCGGUGCCCACUCCUCCGUCUCCGAUCCAACUCCAAGACAAUAUAUUUGACUCCAAAACCGAUUGAUUCACUCUUUUUCUUAUGAUUUCUAUUUUUAUUUGUUUAAAUCAUGUGAAUUGUAUUGAUUUUUCCCGAGACUCCAGUCCCCCCUCCGC